AUGGAUGAUGAAACUGAAAAGCUUCGUUCAUCAGAAUCAUCUUUCAAGCUUUUAGUAUUCAUUGUUCCUUUGAUUCUUCUUUCUGGGUUUGUGGGUUUUGUGGGUUCACGGAAUAAUUGGGUUUUCAAUGUAAAUUUGUAUUAUCCAUGGAUAUGGAGCUCUGUUCCUUCUCCUUCUCAAGUUUCCUCAUUUUCUUUACAAACUUUACCAAAUGAUACAGAUUUGAUUCCAGUUCUUGCCAAUGGAACUUCCCCUCCGGCGCCACUUUCUGUUCAAUUCUUCGGAGCACCACCUUCGGCUAUCUCGGUGACGAAUAUGAAAAAUGUAAGCACCUCAAGCGUGAUUUCAAAAUUAAGAAGAGGCGACGCAUUGGAGAGGAUUGAAGCCGGUCUUGCAUCAGCUCGAGCAGCAAUUAUGAAGGCUAAGGAGAGUAACGAGGUGGUUCAAGAUUCAGACUUUAUUUCCAAUGGUCCUAUGUAUUGGAAUGUCAAUGCCUUUCUAAGGAGUUACCAAGAAAUGGAGAAACAAUUAAAGGUGUUUGUAUAUGAAGAAGGAGAACAACCAAUAUUUCACAAUGGUCCUUGUGGAAGCAUAUAUGCCAUGGAAGGUAAUUUCAUCAACAACAUGGAAGUUAGCAAGUUUAGGACAAGAAAUCCGAAUAAAGCUCAAAUCUUUUUCCUACCAAUUAGCAUUACUUCGAUUGUUCACUUCGUUUAUGAGUCCGAUUCGCACGAUUGGGCUCCCUUGAAACGGUUAGUCAACGACUACGUUGGUUUCAUAGCCGACAAGCAUCAACAUUGGAAUCGUAGCUUGGGAACUGACCAUUUCAUGCUUUCUUGCCAUGAUUGGGGGCCCGAGCUUUCAAAAUCGUACCCGGGUUUAUUCGAGAAUUCAAUCCGAGCACUAUGCAAUGCCAACAAAUCAGAAGGGUUCAAUCCUACAAAGGACGUUUCUAUUCCGGAGAUCAAUCUUCCAAAUGGUAAAAUCGAUCGUUUGCUCGGUGGCCCGUCUCCAUCGAAACGUUCAAUCCUAAUUUUCUUUGCAGGAGGUGUACAUGGUCCAGUUAGGCCGAUACUACUAGAGCAUUGGGAGAACAAAGAUCCCGAUGUGCAAAUUCAUCGUUACCUCCCAAAAGGCGUUUCUUAUCAAGAUAUGUUAAGGAAGAGCAAAUAUUGUAUAUGUGCUAGUGGUUACGAGGUAGCAAGUCCAAGGAUGGUAGAGGCACUUUACACCGGUUGUGUACCCGUUAUUAUUAAAGACCAUUAUGUGGCGCCAUUCAGCGACGUUCUAAAUUGGAAAGCAUUCUCAAUUGAGAUUCAAACCAAAGACAUAACGAAUUUGAAGAACAUUUUGAUGGAUAUUCCUCAAAAAGAAUACAUAAGGAUGCAAAAUAGGGGAGUUCAAGUGAGAAGACAUUUCGUGGUAAAUGUGCCUCCAAAGAGAUUCGACGUAUUUCACAUGACACUUCACUCGAUUUGGCUUCGAAGAUUAAACAUGCGAGUUCACAACACAACUGAAUUGUGACAUUAG